CUCGCUCGCUCCCGGGACGACGCCAGGCUCCUGAGGCCCUGGUUCUAAUUGCAUGUGAAAGGCAGCACUUUGAGAUGCUAUGGCCAUGGCUCAGCUCUCACACACUGGGCAGAAGCAUAAAACCUCCAAGGAAUCAGUGUUGUUUCCACACAAAAUUGCCACUGACCAGCAGUUGGUGCUGGUGAAAAGGCAUUUGUCCAUCUCUGUCUCCUGUAUAACGUACCUAAGAGGGCUCUUCCCAGAGAGCUCAUAUGGAACUCGCUAUUUAGAUAAUCUCUGUCUAAAAAUCCUUCGGGAAGAUAAGAACUGCCUGGGGUCACGGCAGAUAGUCAAGUGGAUUCAGGGCUCUUUUGAUGCUUUGGAAAAGAACUAUUUACAUAUGGCUGUCCUGGCAAUUUACACCAAUCCCAAGGAGCCACAAAGGGUGACUGAGCUGUAUCAGUUCAAAUUCAAGUAUACAAAGGACGGGCCCCAGAUGGACAUCAUCAGCACCAAAAUGAGCUUUGCAAAGGGGGUGAGCAGUGAAGAGAUUAAGAAAGGUAGCAUCCUGCUGAUCCGUAAGCUGUACCUCUUAAUGCAGAACCUCGGGCCCCUUCCCAAUGACAUUACCCUCACCAUGAAACUCUUCUACUACAGUGAUGGUAAGUGGAGAACAGUCUGCCCUGUCGAGCUGAUUUCCCCUCCUGUUAACUCCCAUGAGCAACACAUGCCACCGUAAAAGGGAACAAAGACUAGAAAGGUGAAAUCUGGACC